CUCUUUCUCUCCACAGCGCCUUCAUUCUUCCCUCGGUCCUUUCUUUGGGCCUCCUUCUCCUCCUCCUCUUCUCCAAGCUACUACCUGACAACUGCCAACCUAUCCGUACAGAUACACUGCGUAUCCCUCUCCUCACGCGCUCACACAUUCACACUAUACCUAAGGUACUGUCUCUCUGCCAGACUUUGCGAGGUGAUCCAGGCUUGGACAGCAGACAUCCUCGAAUCUCUCUAGAGCCCAGUGUCCACUGCUACCACCCCGGCUCGCCUUCUUCUCUUUUUUUUCUGCCCCCUUCGUGCAACCUCCCCUUCUCCUCUGCCUUGAUUGGACUUGAGCUCCUUGUCAAUCUCUUCCCCCUGGUUCUGUAACCGUUCCUUUUUGAUCCCCUGCUGCUUGUGCUUGAUGCAUCCGAACUGCUUUCCACGCAAGAAUAACGAGAGACGAACACACCCCAGUCGGCUGCACUAGCCACCUCCACAUGUCUACUCCCUCCUAGACGACUGCUGGGGGGAAAGACAGUCAUCAUUUUACCUGCUAGGCCCGGCCUGGCAACCUCUUUGCCUUUCUUUACUUCAUAACUUCACCGGUCCCCGACCCUGUCCCAUUAGCUCGACCUCUUGUCUGGUUUCUGUGCUUCUGCACUUCAUCGUGAGCCUCUCAACUCAGCUCAGUUGCUUCCCGACAGCCCGGCCAGACAACUGCCAGGCCCUUCUGAAGCCACCUCGAUAUGACCUGAUCAACAACAGCUUUGCCCUCCAACCGGCGUACGCUAGCUAUUCGGCUUGCUGAAAACAGCUGAAUUUCAUUCACCCCACAUCUACCGGCGCCGCUCCGAACGUUCGACGACCAUAGAUUUCUUUUUACAAUCACCAACCCAAUCUUUUGGAUGAUGUCGAUGUCUGUAUACGAAUCAAUGAACGGACUUCCCCCUCCCGGUAUUCACCCUGUGGCCAUGUCCCGUCCUCAAGUCGGUAUUGAGCGCCUACCGACUCGGCGACUAAGCAAUGAGCCUCGGGAGUCUAUGAACUGCAAAUCAUGCCGCAAGCGCAAGAUCAAGUGCAACCGGCUACGCCCAUCCUGUGAGGCCUGUCAAGUUUUCCAGUGCCCUUGCGUAUACGAUGCCGUGCCCAAAAAGCGUGGGCCAAAGACGGAUGUGUUGGAAGCACUCUUGAAGAGGGUCGAUGGGUUAGAGGCCAAAUUAAAAGAGAAGAAUGCUGGAGAGCAGACCCCGACCACGCCGACUACCGCCGGAAUCAAGGAUGAAGAAACUUCACGAGCAGACGACAUUCCCGACGAUGACCCAAAUCCCAAGCGUAUAGCAUUGGACACCAAAGUAGACGCUGACGAGUCUGCCGUUUACUCGCCAGCCCCGGCAAGUGAGCCUUCGCCACCUACCGUCCAACCCGACGCGUUACUAGACACCUACUUCUCGCGGUUUCACUCCAAGCCCUAUCACAUCUUAGACGAAUCAUCUGUCCGGCAACGACUUCAGCUAAACCAAUUACCGAAUUACUUAGUUCACGGGAUCUACGCCGUUGCUGCAAGAUACACACCACACCCUAGUGGAUACCAGUCUGCUGUACAUCUGAGUGAAGACUUCGCUUCGCGUGCCAGAGCAGAGAUUGACACUGAUGAGCCUUCGGUUGACGCUCUGCAGGCUCUACUUCUGCUGGUCAUUGCCUUCACCGCAGCAGGGAAAGGCAAGAAGGCGUAUAUGCUGAUGACAAAUGCAGUUGGAAUGGCAAUGGCUCUCGAAACUCAUCGCGAGAUGGACAAUAAUGCACGCGUAACGCCAGUCGAGCGAGAAAUGAGGAGGAGACUUUUCUGGACAUGUUACCUACUCGACCGUUUCCUGGCUUGCGGCUCCAAGCGUCCAUCUCUCAUCGGCGACAAGACCAUCCUUCUCCGACUUCCGUGUUGGUCACCAAACCCUUCGGUACCCCCGAUCGACGGCGAAUUCUUUCAGUCUGGGUCCAAUCUACAGUUUCUUCAGGGAAGCGGGAAGAAGUCUCAAGGUAGCACGGGAAUGCUCAUCGACAUCAGCCGGAUUCUUGGUAUAACAAAUCGCUACCUGGCUGCUGGAGGUGUCAAGGGCGAUUCUCAUUUUCCGUGGCACUCACUUUCAAAUCUGUCAAAGAUUCGUCAAGAUUUGGACAUUUGGGCUUCCGGCACCGAGGACGUUUUCUCGAGCCUCGACACGCUGUUCGGUCAACCCGAUUCGACGAUUCUGGUUCUAAGCAAGCUCAUCUAUCACCUCAUCCACUGCCUCAUCUACAGGCCGUUUCUCCCCAUCGACCUCGCCGAGCUCGCAGGAACCGGUCAGCACCAAUCUUGGCAGAUUGAAGCAACAAACAUGUGUUUUUUGCACGCGAACGCAAUAUCUGAGCUGGUCGAACUUGGAAAGCAGACCGGCACAAUCGAAUGGCCGGCUUUCGUUGGCUAUUGCAUAUGCACCGCUGGCACAGUUCACAUUCACGGCGCUCAUUACAACAAGAAUGGCAAUGGUGACUCGACUGUGUUCAGCAUGUCAGCAGACUUUCUGUCCAGAGAGAUGCAGCAACUGAGCGAGCUCCGAUACGCUUGGGCAAGUGUCCAACAUCAGAGGGAAACACUGCAAGGAAUCUACAAUGCGCAUUCCGAACUUGUCAAAAGCCUUGCAAACAAUCCUAUGCGAUAUUCUCCGGCAUUCCAUCUCGAGGACUUUUUCGAUCGCUACUCGAACAUUGGCGGGCCCGGCGGCCAGACCUUCAACUUUGACGCGGCAAAUCUGAGCCUUUCUGAUGUGAUUGUCGACUUCACCACAGACACCUACACGGGUCACGAUCUUUACGCGCCUCGUGCCAACAGCAUAAACGAGCCUGAGCGACCGAGCCUCAAGCGCAAGAAUACAGCCCCAUCUGGCCGGAAGCGUCCAGAUGCCAAAGUCCUCUCGCCGCUCAGCACGAGUCAUAUGGCGCGCCCUCAUGGCCUACCAACACCUUCUCAUGUCCGCCACUCCUUUUCACACCCAACCCCUACCAUGGCAUCUCAUCCGUCACCGGGAAUGCUGGCGACACCCACAUCUCUGCCUCCACAUCCCGAGACCAUGGAGCACCCUCCAAUGUCUGCCUCACACGGACAAUACGACGAAACCGCGGCCAACAACGCGGCGGUGGCGGCAGCGGCGGCGGCAGGCUUUUCUCUUGGACCUCAGAGCCACCAGCAAGCCAACAUGCCGGCGCUCUCUUCAAACUCCUUCUCUCCACAGUUCAGCUUUGCCACACCGGGGGCAAGUGGAAACACUGAGGUAGGGGCCAACUACAACGAUCCCAUGUUCGGUGGGCUGCCUACAAAUGCAUUUGGUAGUCCAGCCGCGUGGCAUGGGGAUGAAGGUGGAAACAAGGUAACCGGUGUCGCCGCGCCCAGUCCUGGAAACAAGAGCAACAACGGAAGCACUGGCACCGGCCCAGGUGAGGAGAAGGAUCCAUUCUUGAGCCUCCUGGAGCAACUCGCGGAGAACGAGCACCAAUUCGCUCGGGGCCCAGGCAGUGAGCUUGACUUCUUUUUCGGUGGUACUGGAGCGUCGCAGUAGGAAUUUGUACGAUUCAAUGGUUUCAUGUGGUUCCGGCUUCUCAGUCAACGGCCGCGGUCAUUCGUCCCGCACUACGACACCUCUUUGUUUGAAGGCGAAAUUUCCUUUUGGAUAUUGGGGUCAACACUUAGGGGCAAAGGUCAUCAUUUUAGAGAUUUGGAAACAAAAAACAAAAGGCUCAUGAGGAUGGAAACGGUACUUCUGGGGGAGCUUGAUGAAGGAAUGACCUAGCAUGCGUGGGAGUUUGGAUUAGUUGUUUACUCGGGGGACGUGUAAGAUGAAUAAUAG